UCCAGAGAGCGUGGCAACUCUGCAGCUGUGCGAAUGGAAAUGUAGUGCAGGAAAAAACAGCGAAAUACACACGUAUUCUGAGCCGAAAAUAAAUAGAAUUCCGCCAUAAGGACAUAAGGACACCAAAAGGAUGUCUGCGCGAAUGCUUAAGAAGCUGCAGGGUGACGCUGACAAGCUGGCACCGCCGCCCGAAGAUGAGGAUUGCGAGGAGCUGACCGACAAUGACGAACUGGAGGACAGCGAUAUGCGACGCGACCGCAAGUCUCACCUAAAUCCAUUCGAUUUGCUCAAUCAACCAGGUUUGAGUCUCUCGGAAAGCGAGUUCAAGGAGGACGACAACGAAACGGAGCACCCCUCGGCCGCAUUGCCUAAUGCCACGACCAACGCGGCUAAAAAGAAGAAAAAGAAGCGCAAGAAGAAGACCAAAUCCAGUGGCAAUCACAUCAGCAGCGAGGACAACGAGCGCCAGGACAAGUACUUCGCAAAGGUGGAUCCGCUUCUUGGUAAAGUCUACGAUGCGGUGCCCAGGCAGCCGGCAAAGCAGGUGGCAGCUGUACCCACCGGGAACUCAGCUACCAAGAAGCUGCUGGCAGUAGAGUUGCGACACCUCAAUCCACAAAACGAGAUGCGACGCACCUUUGGCAAGCGAGUGGUUAAAGUAGAAACGAAGCGGGGAAGACAGAAACCCACGUUAAAAUCCACUCACUUGGUGACUGCCAAGGAUUCGUGGCCGGCACUGACCAAGAACACCAUUACCAUGAAACUGCUACCUGCCCCCGACUCGCCGUCGGUUUCCUCCAAAUCAAUUACAGACAACGGAGCUGACAUCCAGUGGUUUGCCUUUGAGCAUAGUCAAUACUACCAGGGAGUGCAGCAUAUGUUUCUGUCUGCCCUGGAGCGUAUUGAUUCGGGAUUUCUGAUUACACUGAUAAAACGCUGUCCUUACCAUGUGGACUCUUUGGUUCAGUUGAGUGAGGUGUGCAAGAUGACUGAAGACUAUGCAUUGGCCUCCGAGCUAUUGGAGCGCGCUCUACUCCUUCUGGAAUCGUCACUGCACAUUAACUUCAGCAUGACGUCAGGCAAUUGCCGACUGGACUAUCGCCGUCAGGAGAACCGCUCCUUUUAUAUCGUGCUGUUCAAGCAUGCCCAGUACCUGGAGGAACGCGCUUGUAGCCGCACCGCCUUCGAGAUCUCCAAACUCCUACUGAGUCUGCAGCCGGACACUGAUCCACUUGCCAUUAUCCUGGUCAUUGAUUACUAUGCUCUGCGCAGCAAGCAGUUUGGGUGGCUAGUAGAGUUCUACGAGGAGUACAAUGCCGCCAGGAACCUCAAUCAGCUGCCCAAUAUGGCAUACUCCUAUGCUUUGGCAUUGCAUACGCUCCAUGGCGCCUGUGAGCGCUCCAACCAGGCGCUGCAAUACGCUCUUCUGAUGUUCCCGGGUGUUUUACGUCCUCUCCUGGACGAGAUGUCGGUGCAGACGGAUAAAAGGGUUCUGGCCUCCUCAUACUUCUUCGCGGAUGUGUCGGGCAAUCAAUCGCCAGCCCUGCACCAGCUGGUGUGCCUGUAUGUGUGCCGUGCACGGGUUGUUUGGCGUCAGAACGAGGUGCUACCCUGGUUGGAGUCAAAUGUAAAUAUAGUACUAGAUCGCAUUGAGAGUAAGGAUCCACUGGUCAAUGAGUAUAAGGAGAAGAGAUCACUGCGUUACGGUGGAACUCCACCCAGGCCUAUUCUCCGACAUGUUAUACUAUCGGAUUACAAGGAAAAGGUCCCACUGGCCGUCUUCGUGUCUAAGGAGAAGCAAGCCAUCAUGACUUACGAUCCACUGCCACCACCGAACAGCGUAAACUGCUAUCAACGAAAAUCUUCAUCAAGCAGUAGUAGCCCCACAACGAACACGAACAAUUCCGUAUCAAUGUUUUUCCAAUCGCUUUUGCCUUCGUUCAACAUCAACAACCUGGCAGCAAAUGCUCAAGCCCAAGAAGGUGGAGCAGCAUUAGUAGCACCUGGUGCAGCUCCAGCUGAAGCUAACUUUGAAGCUGGUGCUGAAGCAGGAGCUGCCGGCGUAGCCGGAGCUAUCCGUGAAGCGGAAGAAGCUGGUAUACAGCAGUCGUUGACCCUGAUGAUGGAUGCGAUGAGGGAUUUCCUGCAAAACUUCCGCAUUGCAGAGCACUUGCGUUCACCGGAAACGGCGGCGGCACAAUCCACGAGCAGCAACGACGAAGAGGAGGGAUCAAGUGACUAUGUCGACUAGUCAAUUUGUCAAUUACGUGAAACGUAAAAAGUUUUUGGAUUUGUGGCUUGGAACAAGUUUUUUGAAAACCACCUUUUGCUAUUCCCUCAUCUAACCGACACCGUCACAAAAUUGAAAUAUAAAAAAUAUAUAAUAUAUAUUAGAACAAUUUAAACACAUACAAACUUAUGCAUUGAAUAAAAUUUUCCAGUACAAGCUUUAGAUCAAAAGUGGCGACAGUGUUGAGCUUAAA